AUGUCUAAUGACCCCAAGGCUUGCUAUGAAGAGGUGUUAGCGAAGCUUGUGAAUUAUUGUGAAGGGCAUCCAUUGGCUCUUAAACUUUUGGGCGAGUCUCUGCAUAACCGUGACGUAGCUUAUUGGGAGGGGCUCAUAGAAACGCUAAAGAAAGAGAACGGUACCCCUGUAAAUAAUGUCUUAAGAAUAAGCUUCGACUCUUUGCCAUCCGAAAAUGAUAAGGACUUGUUUAAGCAUAUUGCUUGUUUUUUUGUUGGAACAGAUAGAGAUGUUACUGAAGCAAUAUUAAAGUUGCUCCAAGAGAUGGGAAAAACCAUAGUACGUGAAGAAUCACCAAACAAGCCAUGGAAGCGAAGUCGAUUAUGGUGUCAUGAAGAGUCAUUCGAAGUGUUGAAACGAAAAAAGGGUACAGAAAAUGUUCUAGGCUUCACCCUUGACAUGAGAAUGCUUGAGAAAGAUAAGUUAUGUGGAUCAAUUGAGUUCAAAACAGAUGCACUGAGUAACAUGGAUAAUUUGAUGCUACUACAACUCAAUUAUAUGAAAAUAAAAGGGACUUACAAGAAGUUUCCAGAAAAACUUAGAUGGUUGUGUAUGCAUGGGUUUCCUUUGGAGUCUAUACCUUCAAACUUACUGAUGGAUAAUCUUGUUUCGCUGGACAUGUCAUAUAGCAAGAUUAAAUCAUUUGAUGUUUGUUAUCGGUUUUCACAACGACCUCAUAAUAGGCUCAAGAAGUUGUUUGGAUCGUUGUCAAAAGACAAAAGCUUGCUUGGAUCACUGAAGUUUCUUAAUCUAAGUUUCUGUGAUCGGCUCACGAAGCUGGGUGGCUUUGACAGGCUUCCUGCACUUGAGAGUUUAAUAGUUCGAAGUUGCAUUGGUUUGCUUGAGGUUUCCGAAUCAAUUGGGCAAUGUGUUGAACUUGUCCUUGUUGAUCUGAGCUACUGCAACAAGCUUAAAAAACUUCCAGGAAUCAUAGGCAUGUUAAAGAAGACUAAAACACUAUUGCUAGAUGGUUGUGAUCUCGGUGAACCUCGAAUGCUCAAAGCUAAUAAAAAAGCCUCUUCUUCUACUGGUCUGGAAGCUAUACCAAAUGAUUUAAAGUUCUUUGAUAUUUCUUUACCGAGCUCUUUAGUAAGUGUGUCACUUGCAAAUAAUAAUUUGUCCACCAAAUCCUUUCCCAUGGACUUCAGUGAGCUAUCAAUGUUAAAGGAAUUAUGUUUAGAUGACAAUCCUAUAAAAUCUCUACCCAACUGUGUGAGAAGUCUUCCUAGGCUUGAGAUACUUACUAUGAGAAACUGUAAAAUGCUGACGUCAGUCGAGCAUCCUCCACAUACGCUAACGCAAUUAUUCCUCUCUGAUGGCUCUUCACUACAAAAAGUUUUAUUUGAUCCAGGAAUCGGCCCACUCAGUGAACUCGUAGUACCAUGGGAACCGGUAGUUUCAUCAUUUGAAAUUCAAGGCAUGAUCAAAAUCCAACCAAUGGAAGAUGUAGAGGAGAAUGUAUUACACAGAUUGGGCUGGAAUAAGAUGUUCAUCCUAAAGAAAAAGGGCAUGGGAAUAGAGGAAUUUCAGAUUCAGCACAAUUUAUUUGGGAAAAAAAUGCCACAUAGGAUUAUGCGUAGAAGCAAGGGGCCAUCCAUAUCAUUUACCAUCCCCUCAUCUCUUAACAACCUCAGAGGAUUGAAUGUCUGUUGUGUGCGGAUGUGUGAACUUCUGAAUUCUCGAUCCCACUCUAUUCAUAUUCCGGAGACUGUCGUUAGUAAUAUAACAAAGAAUCGUACCUGGAUGUACCGUCAUUGGGAUAAUAAAGUCAUUGUACGUGAAGAGUGUGUAAUAUUUUUAAGCCAUUGGAUGUUUGGGAUGAAUGAGAUGGAAGCUGGUGACCAGGUUACUAUUACUAUUCUAGAUUGGCCAAAUCAUGUUACAAAGGAGUGUGGGGUGAGUUUUGUGUAUGAUGAUGGAGAAGAAGAAGAUGUGUUAUGUUAUUACAAGUCAUGGAAUCACAUCAUUGGUGGAGAUCUCACUGGAUUUCAAACAACAGGAGAAUACACCCUAGAGAAAUGGCGUAUUUUGUUGCCUUGCCAUGCAUCUUUUACUAGACAAUUUGGAUCCAACAUCUGCUAUACAGUUAUUUUGAACCUUUUAAAUGUAUCCAACCAGAUGGACAAUGGAUUGACCCAAAUUAAUUCUUCUGUAUUCAAAUUACAACAUCCAUCUGCCCUCCAGGAUCAGUGA